GCGUGCGCCGCUCGGCUAUAAUCCAACGAGUGUCAGUAUUCGCCGCGCAGUCCUGACAAGUGUUCACUUUCUUCGCGCGCCGUAACCGCAACUUCCGUACCGUCUCUGAGACGACUCUGUUUACGAUUUUCCUGCCCAAUUCCGAUUUGCAAAAACGAAGGGACGGGGCGUGUGAGGUGUGACGUAUUUUCCGGCGAUUCUACUCGAUAAGAAAAUUUCAAAAAUCAAGAAAGAGAAGUCCCGUUGGGGGGCAGACUUGAAACAAGAAUUCACUGCCAAAAGAACGCUCCGAGUUGUCAGACUGUAUGCAAACGUAAAAGAUCCAAUGUGCACAAUCGUUCGUUGUCUAAACUCGACGUAACGGCAUCUGCAUGUUGACGCAAAGGUGAAGAAGUAUCGGUAUUAUUAACUGGUUCAACCGGUCGCUGAAAUCGUUUUACCAAGUGCAGAAGUUGGAGUAAGGCACCUUUGGUAGACCUUGUGGUCCCAUUCUAAGGAGACGAUACACCCGGCAGAGUAAAGUUUUGGCAAACUUAGACGCUACCUCUUCUGCCCAACGACUUACGGCAUAAACAUUCUACCGACUGUAACCAGUUUCGUGAAAGGAUUAUAACCGUACAGUAGUUACCUUAUACCAACUUUUCAAGUGCUUCGCAUGUAUAAGACAUCGGACUACCUUGCGGCAGUGAUUAUUGUCGUUACGUACCGUAUACGCGCAUCGCGAUGCAUCUAUGAACAGUUACGGGUUCACCACGACAACUGCUGCAUCGACGGGUUUUGAUCAAAUUUAAGUAUCGCUGCUGUUGCUGUUGCUGCCCCAUAAUGUUUGCAGUGUUAAAGUUAUGCGAAUCGGAUUGUGUAUUUUGCAGGACGGUGGAUCUAACUUGAAAUGUUGCAACAACAGAUGUUUUAUUAUUUAUGUUUAUUAGUUGUCCGUUGAAAUUGGAUCGGACAAGUUCCCCUGAACAAUAAUUCCGCCACCCUCUCACCCUCGGCAUUUAGCAAACGGGUCGUAACCUGCACGGAGGAUACUGGUUUUUGGCGAUCUGAUUCGCGUGUGCAGCAUCGCGAGUUCCGAACAGUCUUCAUUCCCCGAUUCGUGCAGCCCUGAAGAGAGACUCAGGAAAAUUAUUAUCACCGACUUUGAUAGCACGUGCACUCGACGAGAAAUGUGCACGUCUGCAGAGAAGCGAAAGUAUUGUCCGCCGUAUGGGUGCCUGGGAUAGAAAUUGGUUCGAGGACGUGGGCGUUGGAACGACUCGUCGUGGGUCCGAGAACGUCGGGGUCUGCAGUUGCGAUGGUGGCGGGAGCCAAAUACAGGAUCUACUUCCAUCAUCACUGUUGCUGCUGCGUCGUCAGUUCACCAGGGAGUUGUACGAGUGGCCGAUUCAGCCGUUGUUUAGAUCAAGGACGAAAUUAAAUAAAAAGAAAGAAUAAAGGGGAAGAUCUAAGAAGAGAAUAAAUUAAAGUUCUAGAACAAGUAAUCCUAAUGUUGAUAGUAAUGGUAUGAAGUUUCGAUGUUCUCGGUUACAAUCGAUGUUGACGUAUUGCCUUUAACCCCCGAACGGGUAAGAAGUCUGGGUAUAUAUAACUGCCUUAUUUUGAAUGAAGAAGAUAAUGAGUAGGAAUAAUAAGAGGAAAAAAACGGAUACGGUUUGACGAUAUCGUUUAAAGUAUUAUUAAUCGCGACAAGCGGGUGCGAUAAUUAUUUGGUGCUAACGUGCGACCGUGUGCGUAGAAGGUAUUAAAAUAAUAGCAGAAGUUUGGUAAAGAAGACAAAACAGAAUUAAUCCAAAUAUCGUACAGUACAAUACUAGGACGGGGGAACAAGGGUGCUGGAAGAGAGAGAGAGAGAGACAGAUCAAAAUAUACAGAAAGGGAGAUAGACACACGGUGAUAAUAAAAUUGCGAUACGAUUGCCAUGGCUGACUGGACGCAGCUCAACGGUCAAACAGACACCAUAUCUUACGACUCGUCGAACGACAACGGUAUAUCCAAUGCCAAAAAUCAUCUCGAGGCAUCGAUCAACGGGGAUUACCGAUCACAAGUGGCCAAGUAUAAUGGAAAUGUCAAAGCUUCCAGCGAACCGAGCGAGGUGGACCAUGAAAAGGAGGGUGAAAACGACCCUGCGUGUCGCGACGCCGGUGACAAUCAUCUGGCGGCGAUUCUUCACGAAAAACCAUUCGAGAAUGAGGGGGUUCGUUACAGUUUCGAGAACGGUGUCACAUCCGACAGCGAAUGCGAGGGAAUCCUGGAUCAGAACGAUGUCAAGCUGGAAGAAUUAGGUGGAAUAAUCCGGGAGGAAGCGAGGCUGGAAUUAGCCGAAAACUCGUCGAAGCGACCGAACAGUCUCUUCAAGGAUGAGGUUUUCAGCCCGCGUCACCAAUCCCUGGACGAAGCCGCCAGGAUCUGCAAUGAUAAGAGUCGUUCGUACCUCGACAGUGGGGCGGUAACCAGACGGCGUGCUGGUAGCGCGGAAAAAUUGGUCAAUCGUAAAUCGCCCAGGGACGACAAGCAGGUACACCACGUCCAGUUCAACAAGGACUCGAAGCAGUGCUCCGAGGACCCCCAUCCUAGCCCCAGUGCUUCGAUAUCGACAUCCAGCUCGAGCAGUUCGGAGGACAAUUCGAGUUUGGCCCAAUUCUCCGAGGCCAGACCGCCGGACGGUGGUUGGGGAUGGGUCGUGGUCGCGGCGUCCUUCGUUGUGAACCUGAUCGCCGAUGGUAUCACCUUCUCAUUCGGCGUGAUAUACGUCGAGUUCCUGAAUUACUUUGAGGAGGGUAAAUCGAAGACCGCAUGGAUCGGGAGUCUCUUCAUGGCGAUGCCGUUGCUCUCCGGACCGAUAGCCAGCUUCCUGACGGACAGAUACGGGUGCAGGCGGGUCAGCAUAGCCGGCAGCGUACUCGCUACGAGUGGCUUCGUCAUCAGCUCAUUCACCAACUCGAUGGGCUUGCUGAUAUUCACCUUCGGUGUUAUCGCCGGCUUCGGAUUAUCCCUGUGCUACGUUGCCGCGGUCGUAAUAGUCGCCUACUACUUCGACAAGAGACGUUCGUUCGCCACCGGCCUUUCCGUCUGCGGAAGCGGCAUCGGAACCUUCAUAUUCGCCCCGCUGACCCAGUACCUGCUGGUCGAGUACGGCUGGCGCGGGACGACUCUUAUACUAGCUGGGCUCUUCUUCAAUCUAGCGGUCUGCGGGUGUCUCAUGCGUGAUCUAGAGUGGACGACGACAAGGGCCAAGGCGAAGACCGCCGAGAGGCGGAAAAACCGCGAGAGAAAACGCUCCAAGAUACAGAGUUCAAGCGCUGACUCGUUCUCUGGGACGAGCUCGGCCAAACCAAACAACAACCAGACCUCCCAUGACCUCAAACGGAACUUCGCCUCGGCCAGUGCGGUCGGCAUCUCCAUUGACAAUGAACGGGAUGAUGCUCAUGGAAGAAGGUUCUCCAGUCUAGUCACUCUGCCGACCUUCGUUAAAAACGGCGAGAAGGUGCCGCUCGAGGUGCUCGAACUUUUGAGCACCCAUAAGAACGUUUAUAAUGUUAUACUACAGAACUAUCCCAGUCUUCUCAUAUCGUCGAGGAGCUUCAGCGAUUCAGGCAGACUUCACGAGCAGAUCGACACUGUACCAUCGGAAAGGUUCGUCGCUGGCUCCAACGAGCAGAUGGACUCAAAGGACUCAGAGACGGCCAAGUCCACCGGUGUCCUGCACGUCCACCACGACCAGGUCACCGAGAACUCUAAACCAGCCAGGGACCAGGAGACUACCGCCAACCAAGACCAACGGCAUCAUUUGGACGCUGCGUAUCUCUGGUGGCUCAAGAAAACACAUCCAGAUUGUCCCUUCCAGAGGGCAGCUAUGCUCGAUCAUACCGCCUCGCGGAGACUGCCGACCGCAUACUUCAAGGACAUCAGGGUUCAUCGGCACAGUCUUACCUACAGAGGAGCCAUGCUAAACAUCAAACGAUAUCGUCUUCGCGCCUCGAGCUGUCCUGACAUUUAUAGAAACUCGAUGACUACCAUAGCCAAAACGAAAAUGGUCUGGUACGCCGGACUCUGGGAGUUCUGGGAUCUCAUUGUCGACAUGCUUGAUUUUUCACACUUUGCUGAUCCCAGGUUUCUUCUAUUUGCUAUUAGCAAUUUCCUGCUAUACACUUGGUACGAUGUUCCCUAUGUUUAUCUAACCGACAAUGCUAUCGAAGUUGGAUUCAGCGAGAAGGAUGCCUCCUAUCUCAUAUCCGUUAUCGGGAUUGUCAACAUGGUUGGCGAGAUAAUCCUCGGCUGGGCCGGAGAUCGUGCUUGGGUGAACGCAUCCCUGGUUUAUGCGGUUUGUAUGGGUCUUUGCGGAGCCGUAACCGCGCUGAUUCCUCUGGUGGUUCACAAUUAUUACGGCCUCUGCGCAAUAGCCGGUGCAUUCGGGUUGUUCAUAGCGGCGAAUUACAGCCUCACCAGUAUAAUCCUCGUCGAGUUGAUCACCCUGGAAAGGUUUACCAACGCCUAUGGUCUUCUGCUGCUCGUUCAGGGUGUCGCCAAUCUCAUCGGUCCUCCACUUGCUGGUUGGCUGUACGACAUCACGGGGACUUACAAUCUCUCCUUCUAUUUAUCCGGAUUCUUCAUCGCUCUCAGCGGCGGUCUUCUAGUUAUCGUACCGUUGAUUGAGAAAUAUCGCGAAUGGAAGGCUGAAAGCUGGGAGGAAGUUACUCCCGAAGUGACGAGCCAGGACUUCGAGAAAAUGAACAGCGUUUAGAGCACCUUAGCACACAUUAUAUAGUAAUUUUGUUUCAAUUAAUUUAUUAUUUUCUUUUCUACAAUGCAUUUGCAGCGUUCUCAGUUUAUGAUCCACGAUUCAUGACGUAUAAUCGCUGCAUAGAGCGAAAUUGUAGAGAUUUUCGAUUCGUUAUAGAAGUGAUAUGUAACGAAUAUCACAAAAGCCUUGAUACUAUGUCGUCAAAGCAAUGAGGAAGCCUAGUCUUCUUUAUUUUUUAAAAUUUUUUGUCCACGUAUUUGUAUACAUAUAUAAUAGUAGGAAACCUUGUAAUAGACGGAAUUGAUGAUAACUGAAUGAUUACUGUUAUUAUUGUUGUUAUUAUUUAGGUACGUACUAGUAUGCUGAUGUAGAUGAUGAUUUUUUUCUUUUCCUUUCGAUAAUAAUGUCGCCCUACAUCCUAUGAAAACAGAGGUGCGUACCUGCACGUAAUGUUCUAUGUAGCCUAUAUACAUACCCCGUAGACAUAUUGUACGUUCGUUACGUAGAGAAAAGAAAGUGAAUCACAGUUAUUAUAUUAUCAUGUAUUUGGUUCAAAUUGUCGUAUAUCGAAAUGGAAGCGAAUAAUGCCGUUUCGAAAUACAUUGUCAUAUACACACCUAAAUAUAUACGUGUACCUAAUUUUAAUUAACAAUAAGACGAUUUUGCGAGUAUUCGACGCGACCGGUUUGUUAGUUAGUCCGUGUCCGCGAUUAUUCACUUGAUAUUGCUAUCGUCAAUUUCAAUACUACAAUAUGUAUAUUCUCAUGAAAAAACAAAAACAAAAAUAAAGAUAAUUUGAGAGAAAGAAAAAAGAAGCAAAAACAAGAAAAAAAAAACAUUUAUCACUACGUAGCUGAUUAAUUUAUAUAAUACAGAAUAAUGAAGCUUUCACGCAAGAUUUCUGAAUUGAUUAACUACAUUCAAAAUACCGAUUUUAUUAAAAAUCUAUAUAUAGGGUACAAUAUGUCAUAUAUUUCUAUUCGGACAAUCUAUAUAUUAGAUUUACGUGUAUUCGUUCGCGGAAAAAAAAGAAUAUUGAUAAUAAUAAUAAUUUUUCUUCCACCAAUUUUUAUAACGAACAAGUCUUAGAAAAACACGUUUGAACAUUAAGAUCUUAGUCGAAUAUUUGAUAGAUUCGAACUUACGAAAGCUAUGGAUAUAUCUUACAGGGUUUGUAGCAUACAUAGCGUAGUUAUCGAUUCGUAUUUUGUUUCAUUUGAUUUCUUUUAUCCAUAUUACAUACCUAUAUCCAAUUCCAUAUACAUAAAACAUCAUUGCGUACCUUUCUAUAUUCAUAGACCGUUCUUAGUGAUAUGAAUUUUUUACCGUAGUUGGUUACAUACGUAGCGUGAAAGAAAAAUGAUGCAUGACAAUUACAGCCGUUUAGCUAGCCUACGGCUUUUUUUUACGUCUCCGAAUAUGUACGAGAAAAGUUAAUCGUAUAGUAGUGGUAAUAGUAAUAAUAAUAAUGAUAAUAAUAAUUACAAGAUUCAAUUAAAUACAAAAUUUAUAUAGUAUUAUAUGUAAAUACAUACACAUUGAAUUCAAUCCUAUUGCGAAAAAAAUUGGAAGUAUAACACGUUACUCAUAAAGUAUACAUAUAUAUAUAUAUAUAUAUGUAUAUAUAUAUACAUACAUAUGGUAACUUUUUAAUAUAAUAGCGAGUAGGUGUACACAUGAUAUUAUAACGUUAAGUACGUAAAAAUACACAACAGUAGUAUAAGGAGUUGCUCCAGUGACCACGUAGAAUAGAAAAUCGAAGUGGGGAAUUUUUCAAGGUUCGAUCGUUCGCUCGUCGGACCGCGUAGGGAUUCAUAUCCUCAAUCGAAUACUGCGUACUUGUACCCUUAAAUUUCUCAUUCCUCUAUAUUAUUCAUUUAAGGGUUGCAGGAUUGAAGAUUGCAAUCGACGCAUGACGUGUAAAGUAAUGGGAAUCAAGAUAGUACGUAGAUAGUAUUGUACGCUAUUGUAGGUAUCGUAGAAAGAGAAAAAGGGAGAAAUUAACACGAAAAAAGAUAAAGAGAAACAGGAGAACGCGGAUGCGAAAUCCGAAUGGUGUGAUGCGUGUAGACGGUUAGCCGAUAGAUAACUGAUAUUUCAUCGAUAUAAGACCCUUCUGAAUCUCAGGUUUAUUAACUAUACUAUGUAUUGUAUACAUCACUAUAGAUAUUAUGAUACGUGAGAAGGAGGAGGAGGAAAAUUCGCUCUAGCUAUGUAACAUGAUUAAUCAAGUCACAUUACGAAAAUUACUAAAUUAUAUAAUCUACUUAUGUAUAGAUACACAUGAUAUACAUCGGUUUAUUAUUACCGGAGGCAUUGAUUAAAAUUUAAAACGCAUUGCUUUGUUACCGAGCUAUAAUAUACAUAUUAACAAAGCAAAAUAACGCGAAAGAGAAAGAAAAAGACAAUGAUCCAAUCAUUUUUUAUCGCCUAUUAUUAUUGAUCAGAAAUUCAGAGGUUGUACGAGGAUAAUAAUGGUGAUGAUGAUAAUAAUAACAAUGGUGAUUCUUUUAAGUUGUUAGUUUCUUAUGACAGGAAACCUGUAUAUUUUUAUUGUAUGUACGCGAUAUACAUACACGUACCGAAAUAAGUACGUUGUAAUUAUGUUUGGAAAAAGAAGAAGAAGCGGAAAAAAUACAUGCGAUUGCCAAUA